AUGAAGAUGCUAAAGGCAAAUGUGAGCGGCGUUAACUGCUUGUCCCAGAAUGAGAGCGACCGCGGGCAGCUCUCCUCCGCUGGAGUGUCCACUGCGCUGGCCAGCGUGCUGAUCUUCACCAUAGUGGUUGACAUCCUGGGCAAUGUUCUCGUCAUUUUGUCUGUGUACAGGAACAAAAAGCUCAGGAACGCAGGCAACAUCUUCGUGGUGAGUCUCUCUGUGGCAGACCUGGUGGUGGCGCUGUAUCCCUACCCUCUGGUCCUCACCGCCAUCUUCCACAAUGACUGGACCAUGGGUGACCUGCACUGCCAGGCCAGUGGCUUCAUCAUGGGCCUCAGCGUCAUCGGCUCCAUCUUCAACAUCACAGCCAUCGCCAUCAACCGCUACUGCUACAUCUGCCACAGCCUCCACUACGACCGGCUGUACAGCCUGAGGAGAACCUGCUGCUACCUGGGCCUCACCUGGCUGCUCACCGCCAUCGCCACAGUGCCCAACUUCUUUGUGGGCUCCCUGCAGUACGAUCCUCGCAUCUACUCGUGCACCUUCGCCCAGACGGUCAGCUCGUACUACACCAUCUCAGUGGUGAUCAUCCACUUUCUGAUCCCGCUGUUGGUGGUGUCCUACUGCUACAUGAGGAUAUGGGUGCUGGUCAUUCAGGUGAAGCACCGGGUCAAACCGGAGCAGAGGACCAAAGUCAAACCCAGCGACGUGCGGAACUUCCUGACUAUGUUCAUGGUGUUUGUGUUGUUCGCCGUGUGCUGGGCUCCGUUGAAUCUCAUAGGCUUGGCGGUGGCCAUCAACCCUGUGAAGGUCGCACCCAACAUACCUGAGUGGCUCUUUGUCACAAGCUACUUCAUGGCGUACUUCAACAGCUGCCUCAACGCUGUCAUAUACGGACUGCUGAACCAAAAUUUCCGCAAAGAGUACAAGACGAUCCUCCUUGCGCUGUGCAUCCCUCGGAUGCUCCUCAUGGAGACUUCCAGGUGUGCAACCGAGGGCCUGAAGAGCAAGCCGUCACCUGCUCUAACAAACAAUAAUGUAGCGGAAUUAAAUGUAUGA